CCUACAACAGUCUCGACAUCCAGCGAAGCAACAACCACUAGCACAGGACCUACAGAUUCUUCCAGCGAAGCAACAACCACUAGCACAGGACCUACAGAUCCUACAACAGUCUCGACAUCCAGCGAAGCAACCACCACUACGGUCUCGACAUCCAGCGAAGCAACCACCACUAGCACAGGACCUACAGAACCUACAACAGUCUCGACAUCCAGCGAAGCAUCCAGCGAAGCAACCACCACUAGCACAGGACCUACAGAUUCUACAACAGUCUCG